GCAUUCACCCGAGUGUGACGGUCGAAGCAUCAACGAUCUUUUUACUGUUUUAGUUGAGUUUAGUUCGGUUUCGUUGAGUUCGUUGAGUUCAGUCGGGUUACAUUUACUUGAGUUCAGUUUCAUUCGAUUUCGUUCGGUUCGGUUUUUUAGUAAGAGAACCUAGCAACAGUGAUUCAAUAGUGUAAUCAACCCACCCAGUUGAUUAUCCGGUAGCCAAUGAACAGACUUUAAGUAUCAGUGUCCUGUGUGUGGUAAUCGUCCAGACCUACGAUCAGCUGUGAGGACCGUGGCAUCGUUCGUGGCUGGAGAAAUCCGAGGACAAAGAAUUUCAGAGAAACCAAGAUCGAAAAUGCCAGGAAAGUGCAGUAAUACCUCGAACUCUCUCUCGACGCGCCGUACCAAGCGGUCCGCCGACGAAGAGAUGAUGGGACGUUCCCGCCGCAUGCGGAGAGCCACGCCCGCUUGGGCUAUCGCCGAUGGAAUCGCGUCGCAGGAGCCAAUGGACGAUGGAAACAAUGAUUCGGGAGUGUCACCCGACCACUACACCAGCAACUCCGUCUCGCCGUUGAGUGGACUUUCAGCAUCUGGCCGCAGCAGCAGUUUGUCUCCUCGAAGCUCGUCUUCGCAGGAUUCUAACAGCACGCCGCCGAAUCCAUAUGAUUACAAUUCUGGGGGGACGUUGCAUAGUAGUUCGCCACUCGGGUUUAUGCAACGGGAUUCGGCGGCGGAGCAACAACAGACACAACAGGCGAACCCACCCCCCGCGGCACCGGGAACCAGCAGAACCAUCCAGAACAACCAGGAAGAACUGCAGUGUCCCAUCUGCGCCUUCAUCUCGACGAGCAGAUUGGUGUUCACGGAGCACCUGGUGACACACUGCCCGACAAAGUCCGGCGCUCAGAAGUUCGUGAAGUCGAUCUUCGAGCAGGUGGCCCCGCUGGACGAGAGCAUACAGUUCGACGACAUGCACGAGCCGGGAAUGGUGAUGCCCCGUAUCAACAACCAGGGGAAAGUGAAGAGGUUCAAGUGCAAGCAGUGCCCCUACAUAGCGGUGACGAAGCUGGAAUUCUGGAAUCACACGCGCACGCACAUCAAAGAAGGCAAAGUACUGACCUGCCAGAAGUGCCCUUUCGUGACGGAGUACAAGCACCACUUGGAGUACCACCUUCGCAACCAUUUCGGUUCAAAGCCGUUCCAGUGCGACAAGUGCGAGUACACUUGCGUGAACAAGUCGAUGUUGAACAGCCACAAGAAGUCCCAUUCCAACGUCUACCAGUAUGGCUGCGCGGACUGCUCGUACGCCACGAAGUACUGCCACUCGCUGAAGCUUCACCUGCGCAAGUACGUGCACCAUCCGGCGAUGGUGUUGAACGCGGACGGUUCGCCGAACCCGUUGCCGAUCAUCGACGUGUACGGGACGCGGCGGGGUCCGAAGCAGCGGAGUCCGAGGCCCCCGAGGACUCCGCGGCGGAACAAACAUGGCCGCAACCUCUCGUCUCCGCCGCACUCGGUCUCGUCCCCCUCGCUGUCGCCGAUCAACUCCAUGAACAUGUUCAACGGAGCCGGCAGUCCUCUGAACAGUUUCAACAGUCUGAGUCUGAGACCCGGCCCAUCGAAUUCCUUGGACGCACCUGGUCCCUCUAACUUCAGUCCGGUGACCGAACAUUCGAACGGAUUCCACCCGAUCGCAGGGCCGUCCAACGCGUUCAGCCCCGCGGGGCCUUCGAACGCGUACCAUCCUGUCGCAGGACCCUCCAACGCGUUCAGUCCUGUAGCGGGACCCUCGAACGGUUAUCAUCAUCCUGUCGCCGGAUCGUCCAACGCGUUCAGCCCCGCGGCGGGACCGUCGAACGCGUAUCAUCCCGUCGCCGGAUCGUCCAACACGUUCAGUCCUGUACCAGGCCCUUCGAACGCGUAUCCCGUCGCCGGCCCAUCGAACGGGUUCAGUCCCGCGGGACCUUCGAACGCGUUCAACCCCGUCCCGGGACCGUCCCACGCGUUCAGUCCCGUACCGGGACCCUCGAACGCGUACCCCGUCGCCGGUCCAUCGAACGGAUACCCGGCAAGAUCAUCGAACGCGUUCAACGUGGUGCUCCAGAACCAGCCCAUGAUGAUCCUGCCGUACUCCCAGCUGCUGGCUAUGGCGCAGCUCGCCUCCGCACAGAGCUUCGUCGAGGAGAUGCGCAUGCACCGGUACAACCGUCCGUCGUCGAUGGACUACGCAGGAGACACGGACGACGACAUGGACGUGCAAGACUUCCCGGAGGACUUGGUAGUCAGGUCCAACAGGUCCCCCUUCGACCCCCAGCCGAACGGAAUGUCGGAACCUGCGUUCCUCGAUCAGGACGAGGAGUUCCCUCUUGACCUCAGCAGGACGAGUACACACAACAAUAUACAGAAGAAGUCGGCCGCGAAGUCGUCGAAGGGGAAGGGGACCAGCAGACGUAAGGGCAAAGCCGUGAAGCUCGAUCGCAGAGUGUUCCAGAAGGACACCGACGACGAGGAGCAGUGCUUGAACGAUUCAGGAUUCCUCGAGUGUCCGCGACAGCCGCAGCAAAUGCAACGGAGUCAGCAGUCGAGAAUACAGAAACGAAUGCAGGGAAACACCUCGCCUCUGAAAAGCGUUGGCGCUAGUCAAGGAAACGCACUCGGCUCCGGCGGCAUCGAGUUCCACUGCCCAUUCUGUGAAAUCGUUUUUGGAGACUCUGUGAUGUUCUCCGUUCACAUGGGCUACCACGGAGACGAGGAUCCCUUCACGUGCAAAGUGUGCGAGGAGCCGUGCGAGAACAGCUUGCACUUCUUCGUGCACGUCGCGACAGCCAAUCACUCGUAAUGUAAUUAUUUAUUCCGUUAUUAUUUAUUAUAAGUAGUCAGUUAACAUAUUGUAAUAUGUUAUGAUUAUUAUAGUAUGCAGCGUUUGUAAUUACUAAUUACAAUAUGCAUACUUCUCACACCAGUCGAGCACAACGAAUCUUCCUAGGCAACGCGAAAAUGUCCGCGUACUAAAUUAUUUUAUUCACCGAUUCCUGGUUAGAUGCGAGUCGGUUGCACUGAAUGAUUAACUGUUCGUAUAGGUCUCGUUUACGAAUACGAUGGAUUUUGAUGCGUGCAACGUGUGUUAACUAGACCACUAUUUCCAAGAUGUAACGCGGUUGAGCUGAAUGUUAGGAUGAAGAUUCUCGGAGGAUUCAUGUGUUCAGAGUUCACGUUGAAAUUCCGACGACUUCCGAGUCAAGGUAUUACUCUCAGGUUUUAGGCUGUCUAGUUGAAGGAUAGAUGUGGCGACAGAGUUGAGGGAUAUCAGUAUUCCAGAGAUAUUAUUUUAAGAUACUCGCUGUUCUCAGAUGAGGCUUUGUUCCGGUAGAAGUUCCUAUUAGCUUUAUCGUGUACCUGAGGAAAGUAUCUGAAAUACCUCGGACACUUGUAAAAAUUGAUACUUAGCUGUACAUAAGAAUCGAUGCUGCGCACAUCGAGUCACAUGGUAGAUUUUGAUACGAACGAAGUAUAUUCGAUCGAACGAAGCGGAAGCUUCCGAUAGAUUCACGGGCUGAGUAAAAUGACUCGCUCGACUUGGUAUUUUUGUACUGUUUUACACGAUAUUCCCUACAAGCAUAGUAGGGAGAAAGAGAGACAGUCAGCGGGACGUUGUUUCUCAGCCCCGGGGCCAUGUUUACGGGAUAAACGUGAGAUUUUUAUUUUUUCACCGAGAUGUUAGCUGCAUGGAUUAACGUCAGUACGCCGAGCUUUGUGAUAAACGAAAGAUGAAGGACGUGAUAGUUCGAUACGAUAGCCCUGAUAGUUAGAAAUUGGGGAGGUGAUAUUUAGAAAUGGAGAACAUGAUAAUUACAGAUAGGGAACGUGAUAGUUCUAAGUGGAGAACGUGAUAAUUAGAAAUAGGUAUUUAUAAAUUGAGAUAGCAAGAGUCCCUAUAGGUAAGGCAUCGUGUGAGAUAAUAAGAGAUAGAAUGACAGUUGAAUGUAAUCGAUGAUGAUCACAGAUUGUAAUCACAGUUGAUAAUUGCCAAUUGUAAUCGGAAGAACAGACCAGAAACUCUGGUCUCGGAGUCCACGUGGAUUUCGAAUGGAAAGUGAAAUAUCUCUCGGUUCUAGUCAGAAUUUUAUAGUGAGAUACCUUACGGUUACCGAUGAUUUCUAUGUGCAAUCGAAGAUCCGCGCGUGAGACGGUUAUCGACGAACGAAGCAGAGAUGCUAAUGGAAACGAGCACAAGCGGGGUGUCCUCGAGUCGAUUUUCAACGUGCGAACUCGAAUGAAGCACUGUUUUUCUUACUCUUACUUUCCUUAGUUUUUACUGAACUCUAUUCGACGAUGAGUCGGCACCGUUGAAAGUCGCCACCGUUCCCCGAAGUGCUCGCGUUUUUCUCCUUUUAAAGUUGACGUUCGCCUCGUUUUACUCGCGAUGUACGAUUUCAGCUGCUUCGUUCGUCAACUAGGUGAAAAUUCACCGCGAAUCUUACUGGUCAUAUCGUCUCAUAGCUUUCAUUGUGGUUUCAACCCCUUCAGACUCGAUUUCCGCGGAAGACUCUGUCCAUUGACUCGACAUCGAGGCACGGCUGUUCGAUGUAUCGUUGAUAACGACGCGCAUUUCGCAUAAAAUACAUUUUGACAAAGAUUAAGGUAAAACGCGAUGUACGAUGCAACGUACGAGGUCUGAAGGGGUUGGAACGCGACGCACUGUUUAUAUCUGAUUUCUAAAAAGGAUCGAGCCGAUGUUUUGAAAAC